AAUAACAUUUUCAGUUUGAAUUGAAAUUUUGAGUGGUGCAGAGCAAAGCGUUUUGAGUAUUUUUCCUAUUUGAAAUGUUCGGUAUUUGUAGCUCCGGUCUUUUGACAUUUCUUGUAUUACUCUCUUCCCAUGGAUUAUCGCAGGGCGAGGUCGAUGUAAAUGUGGCCCUUAAAAAUUGGCGAGAUCACGAGGGUCAUGUCUUUGUUAUGAAUGAAAUCGUUGUCGAUUUGCAGCGUGAUCUGGAAGAUCUGAUAAGCUAUUCCAAUAAUCAAUUCAGAAUACUCAAAGAAAUGCGUCUGGAAAGCGAUGUGGCUCCCUUGGCCGAGGUUGAUGUGUGCGAACGCAUCACCAUUUCAUUCAAUUCCACCCAUCGCAAAUACAAUAUGGUUGAGGAGCGUAUCAUCAACAAAUUGGAUGACAUCCACGAAGAACAGAAGACUAAUUUGAAACAGAUAAUGGACAAGAGAAAUUGUAAUGCUGCCGUUGUCGCCCUAACAGCCGCCACGGCCGAUGUAACACCGGAAUCUGUAACAAGUGUUAAGGAGAAAAUCUCCAGCCUGGAGGUGGAAUUGCAAAAAUAUGAAAAUCAACAGAAAAGGCUGCAAGAAAAAAACGAAGAACUUUUGAAAAUGCUAAAAGAUGUUAAUACGAAAUUGAGCAGCCACCAAGGUGAAUUUGAGAAAUUCGAAAAAGACUUAAGGAGUGUGGUGGAGAAUGUCAAUAAAGCUGUUGCCAAGGAGAAGGAUAGCAAACAGUCUACGAUACCGAUGGGCGUGGUUUUGGCUUUGACACAAAAUCAAAAGAAAACUAAAUAGAAAUGGAAAACAUUUUGAAAUGAAAUAAAAAAAAAAACAAUAA